UUAAAGGAUUUUACACAUACGAAAAUAUAUCGAAUUCCAAUGAAACAGAAAAGGAUUGUAAUUGCUGGGCUUCCUAACAGAAAUCAAAAAAGGUGGAAUGAGUGGACGAAUGGACGAAUGAAUAGGUUAAAUAUUAAUAUAUCGAAUUUUAAUGAAACAGAGAGUGUUGACGGUAGUGAUAUUGAUGAUGUCAUGACGAUAAUGCGAUGA